UCGAUGACAAAAAAAUUGGAGAGUCUCAACUCUUGAGUCUUGACCUAGAUACCUGUAGUACACAUUUACACGAUAUUCUCUUCUGGAUUCAAGGGAACCAAGAUUCGGCAGUGUAAUCUCCAAUAGCGGAAGGAAUACGUUUAUAUAUCUUCUGUGAAUUCUGUAUAUGUGAUGUGAAGAAGAGCCGUAGUAGUAGUAUGCAGGGGAGCUCUGUAAUUUCACGUAAAGUUUCUCACUUUUUUCGAGUUUCUCAUCACUCCACUCCACCACAUUCCCAUCGUUUCUCUUCCAACGCUUCCGAAUUGCGCCCAUGCCCUAAAACCCUUCCUUGUAUUCGUGUUCCCAAACCUUCUCAUCACGCCCAUACAAGAGACUUAGUUCUAUUCAAGGUACGAGCAACUGCGGCUGAAACUGAGCAGCCAAAAUGGUGGGAGAAGAGUGCCCCGAAUAUGGUUGACAUCAAUUCUACGGAAGGCUUUUUAGAUGCUUUAAGUAAUGCUGGUGAUAGAUUAGUCAUCGUUGACUUCUAUGGUACGUGGUGUGCUUCUUGUCGAGCAUUAUUCCCCAAGCUCUGCAAGAUUGCUGAAGGACACCCAGAAAUUCUUUUCUUAAAGGUGAAUUUUGAUGAGAACAAGUCCUUAUGCAAAAGCUUAAAUGUUAAAGUACUUCCAUUUUUCCAGUUCUAUAGAGGAGCAAAUGGCCUGUUGGAUUCGUUUUCUUGCUCUCUUGCCAAGCUCCAGAAAUUAAGGGAUGCAAUUGCAACCCACAAUCCGGGGAGUUCUGGUGAUGGAAGUCCCAAGUUGAGUGAAAUGUCUGGGUCUCCAUAUGACAGGCCAUCUGGAUCUACUUCAACGUAGAAUCAUCAUCGCCGAAUUACCUUGCAGAAUACUGGAUUUAGAGCUACAGAGAAGAUGAGGUUUGGUUGUGUUGAUUCUUUGUAAAGAGUGUUCUCACAUCAUUGCUGCAAUAUCCAUUUAUAUAGGGAGAAGUAUUGACAAGUGUGAAGUGUGUAAAUUUCAAUCAUUCGUGAAUUGUGGCUAAUGAUUUUCUUGUAAGAUAAAAGCUCUACUCUUUAAGGAAAUUCUCUACAUUGUUUCGUAGCGUUUA